AUGGAAGUGGAAAGCGAUGGACGGAAGCAAGGAAAGAAAAUAGUGCGGAAGCCCUACGUGGUGAACGAGAUGGAAUAUGAGGCCAGUCUCCCCGAGAAGAAGUCAAACACGCUCUCACGAGACCUCAUUGACUACGUGCGGUACAUGAUACAGAACCACGGGGAGAACUACAAGGAAAUGGCUCGAGAUGAGAAGAACUACUACCAGGAUACUCCCAAGCAGAUUAAGAGGAAGAUCAACGUGUACAAGAAUUUCUAUCCUGAGGAGUACAAGGAUUUCAUUGCAUCUCUCAAGCAGGAAAAGAUGGACGUGCAGUGACUGCCCUUUUUUCUCAGGUUUGCCUGCAAGCGCAGGUUUGACGUGAGCAUUUUCUGAACGGAGAGGGGACUGACAGACAGGCGACAGUCACAGCCUCAGCGCCAGCACGUUGAGCUACGCAAAGCCUCUGGCGAUGGAGGAGGGACCUUCAUUAGACAGAGACAGUUAUAACCAGGCAUGAAAAACUCUUGGCUGUGGCUUGUAGUGCUGGGACUGAAUGCGCUGUGCCGCUCCCUUUCUGUGUGGCAGUCAGCACUUCUUUUGCCUUGUUAAAAUAAAUUACUCUUUCAAGUUGGUGUGAA